UUUUCGUAUUUAAAGCCGUUGAGAUAUAAAUGUGCAAUAUUAGAACAACCGUAUCUUUAUUUGCUUCAAUUGAACUAUAUAGAAUCUCAUAGAUAAUGCGACACUCAUAAGUGGCUGAUUUAUAGGGACGGGAAAGACGAAGCUCCUGAUAUUAAGAGAUUUAAUAAUUUCUAAAUGGAAAACUAACCAAACAAGUCGUCCAGAGUUCGCGCGCACACGAGGCGAGGUACGCGUGAUGUCGUCAGCUCGCAGUGUUUCUGAUUUAUUGAGUUGCAUGUUGCAUGUGAUCUAACAUGAAAACAUUUCGAGUGCCGCUGUGCCGUAAGCUUUAGACGUUAGAUUUAGAUUAACGAGGCUUAUAGUUGAUGUGUUUAUGACAAUCUACGCGCAAUGGCACCCACUAUUCAAACCAACAGUAAUCAAACCGAAAACAGAGAUAAACGUCCGGCUAGGCCAGCCGAGAAAAGAUCUGAGCUCAUAUGCAGAGUUAAAUAUUGCAAUACAUUGCCGGAUAUUCCAUUUGAUCCAAAAUUUAUAGCAUAUCCCUUUGAACCGACAAGAUUUAUUCAAUAUAAUCCGACCUCGUUAGAGCGUAAUUAUAAGUAUGAAGUAUUAACGGAACACGACUUAGGAGUUGAGAUAGAUCUAAUAAAUAAGGACACGUAUGCGGGAGAUCCAAAUGCACAACUAGAUCCAGCUGAUGAGAAACUGCUGGAAGAAGAUGUUCUCACACCACAGGACUCGAAACGAUCCAGACAUCAUGCCAAAAGUGUCUCUUGGCUCAGGCGUACGGAAUACAUUUCCACAGAGAGCACUAGAUUCCAGCCGCAAACAGCGGACAAAGUUGAAGCCAAAGUGGGAUAUAGUAUCAAGAGAAAUUUCAAGGAAGAAACACUGUAUAUGGAUCGUGAUAGUCAAAUAAAAGCCAUAGAGAAGACAUUCGAAGACAAUAAAAAACCAAUUGAAAGGCACUACAGCAAAGUGGGUGUAGUUCCUGUAGAAAUAUUACCAGUAUAUCCAGACUUCAAGUUGUGGAAAUAUCCAUGUGCUCAAGUCAUAUUCGAUUCGGAUCCUGCACCAACUGGUCGAUCUGUACCCGCACAGAUCGAAGAAAUGUCCCAAGCCAUGAUACGAGGUGUGAUGGAUGAGAGUGGUGAACAAUUCGUAGCUUACUUUUUGCCGUUGGAGGAAACGUUGGAGAAACGCCGACGGGAUUUCACUGCUGGUAUAGAUUACGCUGACGAUGACGAGUACGAGUACAAAAUGGCGAGAGAGUAUAACUGGAACGUGAAGAGCAAAGCCUCCAAGGGAUACGAGGAGAAUUAUUUCCUUGUGAUAAGAGAAGACGGGGUUUACUAUAAUGAACUUGAAACGCGCGUGCGGCUGAGCAAACGUCGCCAGAAAGUCGGACAGCAACCAAACAACACGCGUCUGAUAGUGCGUCAUCGACCGCUAAACGCCAACGAAUUCCGAAUGCAGAGGUAUCGAGAGAAACAAUUGGAACCACCAGGAGAAGAGGAUGAAGAUGAAGAAGAGGAGGAAAUCCAGCAAGAGGCGGAGAAGAAUGACGGCAAAGGUUUGCCAAUUAAAGGUUCCGAAGCGGAGAAUGAAGUAGAAUCUCGUGCUUCGUCGAGAGCGUCUUCUCGAGCGUCCAGCAGAAGAUCUAAAUCGCGGUCUCGCUCUAAGUCCGGCUCGAGAUCACGCUCACAUUCACCAUCCAAAUCCAGAUCACAGUCUCGAUCGCGCUCGCGUUCUCCGUCGCGUUCGCCGUCUAAAUCACGUAGCAAAUCACGAUCUAGAUCUGGCACACCUCAGUCAAGGAAUUCAUCGAGAUCUAGAUCAAAGUCGGCGUCAAGAUCACGCUCGGGAAGUCCUGCAAAGUCACCGUCGAGGUCUCGGUCGAGCUCGCGAUCCAAGUCGAGGUCGCGAUCAAGAUCGAGAUCCGCUACUGGUAGCGGUAGCGCUUCCGCGAGUGGUAGCGGCGAAAGCGGCUCAGAAAGCGAGUAAAUCGAGAAGAUUGGCAAAAGUGUCAUUUCUAACCAAAUUAUUUCGAAUGACACUUGUACAUUUUUAUUUUAAAGUAUUCUGAAGGACAGCAUUGUUGAAUAAUUUGAAUAAUCACGCGAGUCAUCAUUUAAGCAGGAAAUGACGGCAAUUACACGUAAGUAAUAAUUGCAACAUGAAUUCUUGAGAUAAAAAAAAUAAAUUUAUAAAAAAGCA